GGCGGGAAAUGAAAACGCUGUCGCAACUCGCAAGUUGUCCGUCGCUUGACGCCAGCAGCAGUCUGUCAGUGAUGUCCAAAGUAGAGAAGACAGACGUGGAAAGGACACGUCCCCCGCCUGUUAAAGUGCUGUCGGGACAGCUGAGGGCGGCAGGGAACUGGGGCACCGCUGAUAGCGGGGCCAGCUGUGUAAUUAGACUGGGCAGGGGACGCUCUUUGCCUGUCUCGCGGGUGUGGAUGCAGGGGACUGUGCUGGAAGUCCAGCAGGACAGAGACACCGUGCUGUUGAUGGAUGAGACGGGGACUUUCAUUGUUCAGGGUGUUAACAACAUCCCCAAAGGGAAACCGUGCUUGUCCCAAGGGAAAUAUGUCAUGGUGAUGGGCAUCAUUCAGGCGAUCUCACCAGAGCCAGUCAUCCGUGCAGUGAAGAUGGCAGACCUCUCAGAGCUUGCUGCACUUCACAGACGGAUGUGGAAGCUUGAGGUGGAUGACCUGCAGCAGGUGCUGGCUUGAAUGCUGGGUUGAAGUGCUCCUCCUCCUGUAGCUUGCUACAUACUACUGAAGUGUCAAAUGUUACCUCAGCAGACUUAAAAGAUGACUUUCCUUUCUGUUGGACUUGUUUGGAGGUCAAGUGAUUAAGAAAACUGGUGUGUGUGUGGCUCCUAAUCCAAAGUUGUCACUGGAGCUGUUAGGUGGAUAACUUAACCUUGACCAAAAAAAAACAAAACAAAACCUAUCUUCAUUAUAUUAGUACCGUUUUGAGGUUUUGACUCUUUUUCAGAAUACCUUUGUUAAGUAAACAUGGUCAAAAAACUUUUCAAUAAUGCAUCAGGUCUUUAUUAAAACACUGCAUCAGUAUUGACAUGAGAGUUCAAAACUCCCCAUUGUGCAUAAAGCCAUCACUGAGGAUUGCUCUGAGCUUGUUUAAUGUAAAUGAUUUUAGUUCAACUCUAACAAUGUUACCUGUAACAUACAGGCUCAUAAUAUAUGGACCAUUAUAAGACAAUACAAUAACCAACAAUGUAUGAAACUGCUUUCAUAAUGAUUACAGUGAGAUAGACACCUUUUUGUAUUUAGUUACUGGAAUUGUACAUGUGUAUGCUUAAAUAAAAGCCAUUUCAAAACAGA